UGGCGUCCCGAAGGCUGUGAGAUGAGCAAGAGGAUGGUAAAGACCGCUUGAGAACGACCAUACCGAUGUAAGAAGCUUGAGGUGGUGCACGUGUAGGAAGAGAGAGACGAGAGAGAGGGGAAAGAAGGACGGAGGAAAUGGAACUGCCAAAUCAUGCCAAACAACUGCUGCUGCAACUCAACCAACAGAGAGCCAAGGGCUUCCUGUGUGAUGUUAUCAUUGUGGUGGAGAAUGCACUCUUCCGUGCCCACAAGAACAUCCUGGCGGCAAGCAGCAUCUACUUUAAAUCUUUGGUCCUCCAUGACAACCUCAUCAACCUCGACACAGAGAUGGUUAACCCCUCGGUAUUCAGACAAGUUCUUGACUUCAUCUACACUGGGAAGCUACUGUCCUCAUCAGACCAGAGCAAUGAGCAGAACUUCAGUGCCCUCUUAACUGCAGCCAGCUACCUCCAGCUCCACGACCUUGCUGCUCUGUGCAGAAAGAAGCUUAAGCGCAAUGGUGGGAAACCCCUGCCAGGUAAACCCUCCACUCCAGGUCCCCUUAGCCGCUUGCGUCUAAACAACCAGCGGCUUUCCUCUUCUACCCCUACUGGCCACAAUAACCACUAUCCUCCAACCCCUUCUGAUGCCGACCAGCCACAGCCAGAUGAAGGCCUUCGGGACAAGCUCUCAGAUGACGAGAUGUUUGUUGGCACCUCUGGGAAGAACGGGAAUGGGGGGAAUGGAAGCAGUAAUGGUAACCUCAGCAGCGGAGGAAGUGCGGGGGAACCGGACCUUGGACUAGACCUCUCCAAGAAGAGUCCACCCUCUGCGGGCACAGCCACCGAUGCCCUCAGCCCACACAGCAACUCCCAAGGAUCCCCUCAAUCUGCCUCAGUAUCGACAACCAACAGUGCCUCACUGGAUGAUUCGUCUACCACCUUGCCGGGUGCAGACACCUGCAUCUCAGAGACCAUGGACCUCAACUCCUCCUCUAAAACCUCAGAGGAAAUCCAAAACCAGCCAGAGGGUCCUCCACCACAGAAAAAGUCCCGACAGGGAGCUCGGAAGAAUGAAUGGCCUAAGAGAGAGGCUUCAGGGUUGAAGUCUGAAGAUCACAGCAGGCCCCUGGUUAAUGGGGUAAUUGUUGGUCCUAAAGAUAGCCGCUCAUCUGGGAUUGGAGGUGGCAGUGGGAACAGCUUCACAUCUGACCAGUCCUUCCAGUGUAAGGACGAGGAAGAAGGAGGAGAGAAUGGCCAGGAUCACAGUGAGGAAAGUGGUCAGAGUGAUGGAGAGACUGCAGGAGGUGGAGGGGGAACAGCAGGGGGGCACCACAGCGCCAACUAUGUGUACAGGCAGGAAGGUUUUGAGCCAGCAUUUGGAGACAACCUCUAUGUGUGUAUUCCCUGUGGUAAGGGUUUCCCCAGUUCUGAACAGCUCAAUGCUCAUGUGGAGACACAUACUGAGGAUGAGCUCUACAUCAAAGAGGAGGGAGGAACCUUUGUGAAAGAGGAAGAUGAGGAGGAGGCCGAGGACCUUUCUGCCACUGUAGGUCCUUCUACCUUUGGUUCUGAAACGCGCCCGUUCAAGUGUACAGUGUGCAGUAAGAGCUACAAAGACCCAGCAACCCUGAGACAACAUGAAAAGAGCCACUGGCUGACCAGGCCUUUCCCCUGCAACAUCUGUGGCAAAAUGUUCACCCAGAGGGGAACCAUGACACGCCACAUGCGCAGCCACCUCGGCCUGAAGCCAUUUGCAUGUGAAGAGUGUGGCAUGCGCUUUACACGCCAGUACCGUCUGACAGAGCACAUGCGUGUCCACUCUGGAGAGAAGCCGUAUGAAUGCCAGCUAUGUGGGGGGAAGUUUACCCAGCAGCGCAACCUCAUCAGUCACCUGAGAAUGCACACCUCACCCUCUUAGAAAUGCAUCAAGCCAAAGAACUCUGGGAAUCGAAAAUACAAACCUUUUCUCUACCUUUUCUCCAUCGCAAAAGCAAAGAAAUGCACACAUACACAUAGUUCUACAUAUUAAUCCAGUUUACGAUGCCCUGGCUAAGUGAAUGAUGUAGCCGUUAGCCACAGUGUGCUCUUGGUGAUGGUGGGAUCUUGUUGAUGCAAGGAUUAAGUUGUUGUUCAUAUCAAACAACGUCUGCUCACCUCUCAGGAGCUUUAAAGGGACAGUUUACUGCUGUCUCUCUCCAAAGUCACAAAGCAAUGGUGGAGUUGCAUAACGUCUGGUCUGUUAAAUGUGAAUGUGGGUACUGAUAUAAUGUCAAGCCUCUCACUUCAUACCCUUCAGCAGCUUUUCUCUCUUCUACCUUUGAGUCUCUGAAGUUUUCAGAUGACUCAAGAGUCCCCUGUGUACUCCAGUGCUACUUUGACCAAAAAAAAAAAAACACGUGCAAACAAUACUGGCAAUAAUUCAGCAAAAAGAUUAUUUUAACCCUGACAGCUUUAUAUGCUUCGUUGUGUUGGUUGGUGAUGGUUAUCUGUACAUAAAGCCCUUUUCAGACAUGGGAUAUGUAACAUUGCUCGCUACCCCAAUCUGUUAAAGUGAUGGCCUUCUGGCAUACAGACAUGAUGACUUCUACAUCCAUAUUUCUCAGUUAUACCAUCAUAGAUGUGACGGUGAUGAAGAGAGUUGCUAGAUUUGGCAAAAAUCCCAAUCAUGAUUUUUUUUGGUCAGUAUUGUAAAAUUUAUUUAUUUUGCACAGUUGUUUCCAAACGAUUGUGUAAAAUAAAUCAAACUAUACACAGUUUUU